CAUGCCUGCCUUCAAGGUUAAAGUAACAACAACAACUCAACCACCAACAACAACAACUACAACAGCUGCACCAACAACAACUACUGAAGCUACAACAACAACAGCUGCACCAACUACAACAACAACUACAACAGCAGCACCAACAACAACUAUGACCACAACAGCUGCACCAACAACAACUACUGAAGCUACAACUACAAUUACUGUCCAUCAACAACUACAGUUACUACAACAACAACUACAACACCAGCACCAACCACAACUGAAGCUACAACAACAGCACCAACUACAACAUCAACAACAGCAGCUCAACCACAACAAAAACUACUACUACUACCACAGCAGCACCAACAACAACUACUGUUCAUCUACAACAACAAUGUCAGUUAAACCAACUGAGGGUACAACAACAACACCUGCCAUUGUUACAACAACAACAACUGCUGAAACAACAACAACUAGAUGGAGAAGAUUCAAUGAUAAGGUUCGUUUGGGUAAGGAAGGCUGGAUUACAAAUGUUCCAACAUCCAGUGAUCAACCUAAACCAACUGUUGAAAUUAAAUUGAAUCGCCAAGAUGAUCCUGAAGAUCCCUAUGUUGAAAAGGUUAUUGUUAAGGAAAUGCUGGCAAGAAGGUGGAGACAUUGUCUUCCCCAAGUUCAAAAGAUCAACACUAUCAAGAUUGUAUUGGAAGAACCUACAUUGAAUGAAGAUGAACCCCAGCAAAGAAAUACAAGGUCAACAUUGGAAUCAGUGCUUGUAUCUCAUACACUGGUAAUUACAACAACAAACCACACCAACUCCAACAACAACAACAGAACAACUACAACUAUGGCACCAACAACAACAGAAACAACAACAACAACAGCUGCUACAACCACAACUGCUAGAACAACAACUACAACUUCUGCAACAACUACAACAACUGCUAUGGUAACAACUACCACAACUCCAGCAGAAACAACAACAGUCAAGAUCUGUAACUUUGAAGAAGGUAUGGAUGAACCACAAUUUAUCCCAGCUGGACAACUUGAAUCAAGCCCAGAAACCACUGACAAAGAAAACAACCCAUUGACAAACUUGAGACCAAAGAGCGGAAAGGCUUUCGUAUUGCCUGUUCCAAAGAAGGACUCAGAUGAAAAGAAACCAUUUGUCACAGUUGACUUGACACCAACUGAUGAUACUGCUGCUCCAUUUGUUGAGAAGGUACGCUUCCCAGAAUCAAACAUUGGAAAGGUUACAAUCAAGAGAUUGGUACCAGCCAGUGAAAAGAAUGCUGGACAAUACGAAACUGUUGUUACAAGCCAAAAACUUGAUGAUGAUAAUACAAUCAAAUUCACAACACCAGUCCGCAUGGAUAAGAUCCAAAUCAUUUUGGAAGAACCACAAAAUGAUGAUGAUACUGAAUACAAACUUCAUGUUGCUAUACAUGCUUGCUUCAAGGUUAAAAUAACAACAACAACUCAACCACCAACAACAACAACUACAACAGCUGCACCAACUACAACUACUGAAGCUACAACAACAACAGCAGCACCAACAACAACCACUACUCUUCCAUCAACUACAACAGUUGUUGUUACAACUCCAUCUACAACUAUGCAAUCAACAACAACAGCUACAACAGCAGCACCAACAACAACAACUGAAGCUACAACAACAACAGCUGCACCAACUACAACAACAACUACAACAGCAGCACCAACAACAACAACCACUCUUGUAUCUACAACAACAAUGUCAGUUAAACCAACUGAAGGUACAACAACAACACCUGCCGUUAUUGAAACAACCACAACUACUGCAGGAACAACAACCAAAAUCUGUCCAUUCCAAGAGACAAUGGACAAUCCUGCUGUAAUUGGUCAAGGCCAAAUCAAGACUAGCCCAUCUGAAGAAGGUUCAAAUGAUAAGGUUCGUUUGGACAAGGAAGGAUGGACACCAAAGGUUCCAACCAGCUCAACUGAAGAAAAACCAUAUGUUGAUAUUGACCUCGAUGUUGGUGAUGACAGUAAUGAACCAUAUAAUGUCAAUGAUGAUGAUUGGACUGGAAUUGUUGAAGAUGUUGAAGUUAAGGAAAAUGGAGAAGUUGUCUUCCCCACAGUUGUAAAGGCCGAUUCUAUAAGAAUUGUACUUGUUAAACCUGAAGAUAAUGAGGAUGGUUCUCCAGUAACUAACUACAGAGUUAAUGUUGGAGUACAUGCUUGUAUCACACCAACUAUGACUACAACAACAUCAGCUCCAACAACAACUAUGACUACAACUACACCUGUAGCUACAACAACAACAGAAGCUACUACAACAGCAGCUCCUACAACAACAACUACUACAACAGCUGCUCCAACAACUACAGCUGGUACAACAACAGAAGCUACAACAACAACAACAAUGAAACCAACUGAAACAGAAACAACAACAGUCAAGAUCUGUAACUUUGAAGAAGGUAUGGAUGAACCACAAUUUAUCCCAGCUGGACAACUUGAAUCAAGCCCAGAUACCACUGACAAAGAAAACAACCCAUUGACAAACUUGAGACCAAAGAGUGGAAAGGCUUUCGUAUUGCCUGUUCCAAAGAAGGACUCUGAUGAAAAGAAACCAUUUGUCACAGUUGACUUGACACCAACUGAUGAUACUGCUGCUCCAUUUGUUGAGAAGGUACGCUUCCCAGAAUCAAACAUUGGAAAGGUUACAAUCAAGAGAUUGGUACCAGCCAGUGAAAAGAAUGCUGGACAAUAUGAAACUGUUGCUGAUAAUGAAACACCAACUGGUGAUGAUAAUACAAUCAAAUUCACAACACCAGUCCGCAUGGAUAAGAUCCAAAUCAUUUUGGAAGAACCACAAAAUGAUGAUGAUACUGAAUACAAACUUCAUGUUGCUAUACAUGCCUGCUUCAAGGUUAAAGUAACAACAACAACUCAACCACCAACAACAACAACUACAACAGCUGCACCAACAACAACUACUGAAGCUACAACAACAACAGCUGCACCAACUACAACAACAACUACAACAGCAGCACCAACAACAACUAUGACCACAACAGCUGCACCAACAACAACUACUGAAGCUACAACUACAAUUACUGUUCCAUCAACAACUACAGUUACUACAACAACAACUACAACACCAGCACCAACCACAACUGAAGCUACAACAACAGCACCAACUACAACAUCAACAACAGCAGCUCCAACCACAACAAAAACUACUACUACUACCACAGCAGCACCAACAACAACUACUGUUCAAUCUACAACAACAAUGUCAGUUAAACCAACUGAGGGUACAACAACAACACCUGCCAUUGUUACAACAACAACAACUGCUGAAACAACAACAACUAAGGUCUGUCCAUUCAAAGAGACAAUGAAAGAUUCAACAAUCAUUCCAAAGAAACUUAUUAAGACAACUCCUGAAGAUGGAGAAGAUUCAAAUGAUAAGGUUCGUUUGGGUAAGGAAGGCUGGAUUACAAAUGUUCCAACAUCCAGUGAUCAACCUAAACCAACUGUUGAAAUUAAAUUGAAUCGCCAAGAUGAUCCUGAAGAUCCCUAUGUUGAAAAGGUUAUUGUUAAGGGAAAUGCUGGCAAGGUAUCUAUAUACAAGAAAACAAGAACAGAUGAUGAUUACACACCAAUCCAAACUAAUGUUGAUGUACCAAAAGAAGGUGGAGACAUUGUCUUCCCCAAGGUUCAAAAGAUCAACACUAUCAAGAUUGUAUUGGAAGAACCUACAUUGAAUGAAGAUGGAACCCCAGCAAAGAAAUACAAGGUCAACAUUGGAAUCAGUGCUUGUAUCUCAUACACUGUUACAACAACAACAACCACACCAACUCCAACAACAACAACAGAAGCAACUACAACUAUGGCACCAACAACAACAGAAACAACAACAACAACAGCUGCUACAACCACAACUGCUAGAACAACAACUACAACUUCUGCAACAACUACAACAACUGCUAUGGUAACAACUACCACAACUCCAGCAGAAACAACAACAGUCAAGAUCUGUAACUUUGAAGAAGAAGACUCAGAUGAAAAGAAACCAUUUGUCACAGUUGACUUGACACCAACUGAUGAUACUGCUGCUCCAUUUGUUGAGAAGGUACGCUUCCCAGAAUCAAACAUUGGAAAGGUUACAAUCAAGAGAUUGGUACCAGCCAGUGAAAAGAAUGCUGGACAAUACGAAACUGUUGUUACAAGCCAAAAACUUGAUGAUGAUAAUACAAUCAAAUUCACAACACCAGUCCGCAUGGAUAAGAUCCAAAUCAUUUUGGAAGAACCACAAAAUGAUGAUGAUACUGAAUACAAACUUCAUGUUGCUAUACAUGCUUGCUUCAAGGUUAAAAUAACAACAACAACUCAACCACCAACAACAACAACUACAACAGCUGCACCAACUACAACUACUGAAGCUACAACAACAACAGCAGCACCAACAACAACCACUACUCUUCCAUCAACUACAACAGUUGUUGUUACAACUCCAUCUACAACUAUGCAAUCAACAACAACAGCUACAACAGCAGCACCAACAACAACAACUGAAGCUACAACAACAACAGCUGCACCAACUACAACAACAACUACAACAGCAGCACCAACAACAACAACCACUCUUGUAUCUACAACAACAAUGUCAGUUAAACCAACUGAAGGUACAACAACAACACCUGCCGUUAUUGAAACAACCACAACUACUGCAGGAACAACAACCAAAAUCUGUCCAUUCCAAGAGACAAUGGACAAUCCUGCUGUAAUUGGUCAAGGCCAAAUCAAGACUAGCCCAUCUGAAGAAGGUUCAAAUGAUAAGGUUCGUUUGGACAAGGAAGGAUGGACACCAAAGGUUCCAACCAGCUCAACUGAAGAAAAACCAUAUGUUGAUAUUGACCUCGAUGUGAUAGUAUCAGUAUACAAAAAGAAUGUCAAUGAUGAUGAUUGGACUGGAAUUGUUGAAGAUGUUGAAGUUAAGGAAAAUGGAGAAGUUGUCUUCCCCACAGUUGUAAAGGCCGAUUCUAUAAGAAUUGUACUUGUUAAACCUGAAGAUAAUGAGGAUGGUUCUCCAGUAACUAACUACAGAGUUAAUGUUGGAGUACAUGCUUGUAUCACACCAACUAUGACUACAACAACAUCAGCUCCAACAACAACUAUGACUACAACUACACCUGUAGCUACAACAACAACAGAAGCUACUACAACAGCAGCUCCUACAACAACAACUACUACAACAGCUGCUCCAACAACUACAGCUGUACAACAACAGAAGCUACAACAACAACAACAAUGA